AUGGACAUAAAACCGCACAAUUUUGUUAUCUCGUUAGAAGAUAAUUCUGACAGUCGUAUUAUCGAAUCAAAACUUAUAGACUUUAGUACUUCUGUUUAUAUGGAUAUGCGUCAAGAAGAAGUAGAAUUACAAGGAAAAAUUUUAGGGACAGAAAUGUAUAUUGCUCCAGAAAUCAAAAAUCAUCAUGAAAAAAGGGAGCCUUUCAAUGUACGAAAUUUUUCAAUUUAUUUCAGUAAUUUUAAGUUACAGUCGGUUUAA